CUGCGCGGCCCGCCCUGCUAGUCAGUUCGCUCCUUCCCUCCCUCCCCGGCGCGCUCCGGCCGCCGCAGCGCUCUCCGCCCUCGAGCCGCGGUGCCGGAGUCGCCCGGCGCCCGAAGAAGAGGUGGAGGGAGCCGGAGAGGCCCGCCGAGGCGGCGGCGGCGGCGGCGGCAAGAUGGCGGACUUCCUGCCGUCGCGGUCCGUGCUGUCCGUGUGCUUCCCCGGCUGCGUGCUGACGAGCGGCGAGGCCGAGCAGCAGCGCAAGUCCAAGGAGAUCGACAAAUGCCUGUCCCGGGAGAAGACGUACGUGAAGCGGCUGGUGAAGAUCCUGCUGCUGGGCGCUGGCGAGAGCGGCAAGUCCACCUUCCUGAAGCAGAUGCGGAUCAUCCACGGACAGGACUUCGACCAGCGCGCGCGCGAGGAGUUCCGCCCCACCAUCUACAGCAACGUGAUCAAAGGUAUGAGGGUGCUGGUAGAUGCUCGAGAGAAGCUUCAUAUUCCCUGGGGAGAUAACUCAAACCAACUCCAUGGAGACAAGAUGAUGUCAUUUGACACCCGUUCCCCCUUGGUGGCCCAGGGACUGGUGGAAACUCGAGUUUUUUUACAAUAUCUUCCUGCUAUAAGAGCAUUAUGGGCAGACAGCGGGAUACAGAAUGCCUACGACCGACGUCGAGAAUUUCAACUGGGUGAAUCUGUAAAAUAUUUCCUGGAUAACUUGGAUAAACUUGGAGAACCAGAUUAUGUUCCAUCACAACAAGAUAUUCUUCUUGCCAGAAGGCCCACCAAAGGCAUUCAUGAGUACGACUUUGAAAUUAAAAAUGUUCCUUUUAAAAUGGUUGAUGUAGGUGGUCAAAGAUCAGAAAGAAAACGUUGGUUUGAAUGCUUCGACAGUGUGACAUCAAUACUUUUCCUUGUUUCCUCAAGUGAAUUUGACCAGGUGCUUAUGGAAGACCGACUGACCAAUCGCCUUACAGAAUCUCUGAACAUUUUUGAAACAAUUGUCAACAACCGGGUUUUCAGCAAUGUCUCCAUAAUUCUCUUCUUAAACAAGACAGAUUUGCUUGAGGAGAAAGUGCAAAUUGUGAGCAUCAAAGACUAUUUCUUAGAAUUUGAAGGGGAUCCCCACUGCUUAAGAGACGUCCAAAAAUUCCUGGUGGAGUGUUUCCGAAACAAGCGCCGGGACCAGCAGCAGAAACCCCUGUACCACCACUUCACCACUGCUAUUAACACGGAGAACAUCCGCCUGGUGUUCCGUGACGUGAAGGAUACUAUUCUUCAUGACAACCUCAAGCAGCUUAUGCUCCAGUGAUGUACAAAAGACUUGCUGUUUUAAUACCUUUUUGUCUUUUUUAUUGUUUUCUGUUUGUUUUGUUUUUUUAAAAAUAGUUUACAACAGGAAUUAGAAAAAAUCUUGAUGCUGUGUUGAAGUUCUUGGAAAUCUUAGUCCUUCUUCUGCGGACUCUGGUUUGUGGCUGAAAGCUGCUGAAUAACAACACAUUGCCAAUAUCUGCUGAAGUUUAGGCUUUGGUCGGUUUUGCUAUGGCUUCCAUUAGAGUGGAGUUGUAAUUUCCUGCCAAACCUCAGUCGAGGUAUAGUUCAGGCUUUAACUCCUUCCACUUUUCAAACUGAAUUCUCCUGUAGUGCCAAGUAUAGCAGGUGUCCUUUGAGUAUUUGUAGUAUGAGGUUAAGAGUAUUCAAUUCUAAAACAAAUAAGAUACCUUUUGUCUGCCUGACACAUAACUCAACACUCAUGCCUAGCUUUAUGGUGACCUAUUUUGAAAUGGCUGUUGGAAAAAAUUUUGAUCUUAGGAAUGGCAUUCUAUAGACUCACCAGAUUUAGCCUUCAUGUAUUUUCCAUUACUUAUAUGCACAACAGUUGUUUUGUUUUAAAAUUUCUGUGGUUCCUAAAGGUAAUGUUUUUAGUGUUUUAAAGUUUACAUAAGGAUUUCUGGUUUGAUGCUAAGGAAAGUUCACAAAUGGUACGGGAGAGCAAAAGGCAUCAAGUGCCAUAUGUAAUGUUUUGGUCAAAGUUAUGAGUGAAAUACAAUUUACCCUUUUCAUAUUUAAAUAUCAUGUAAUAAAAGUGCCGGAUGUGAAACAUUCUGGCCAUGGCAGUAACUAAAAAUUGCAAGCAACUUGAUAACAGAACUUUAUAAAUAAACAUAACCUUUCCAGAUGUUAUGUGUUUUACUCACAGAUUUUAAAUCCCGUUUCACAGGAUUUGGGGCCUUACUGUAGGAAACCAUUUUAUACCAUCACAAACAUCUUUCUUUUGCUCUCCUGUCUAUUCCCAUCAACUCAGAGAGUGGCAUUUUGGGUAUUUUGUUGUUGUUGUGGUUGUUCAUUUGGAGCUUGCAGUAUUUUUGUAUCAAACUAUUCAAGAAGUUUGAUACAAAUUCCUACUCAUUCUUGGUAUGUCACUAAAAAAAGCACAGUAUGUGCAUGUUUGUUUAUGAAAUUCCAGCUUUAUUGAAGUGCAUUUGGAAUGUUUUAAGGAUAUUCCUGAGAACAAGAGAUAGUUUUUUUAGUUCACACCAAAAUCUGAUUGCAUUUGACCUCCCCCCAUUUCUCACCAAAUGAAAACAUAUGUACCCACGCGGUAGCUUUUUGGUUCCAGAUACACUCACAGCAGACUCUUCAGAAUGGCUGGCUUGCAGUACUGAAAAUCCUGGCUUGCAGGGUAAGUGCAGUGUUGGAAUUAGAUUAGAGAAAAGAUGGACAAGGCUGGGGAUAGCUUGGAAGUGGCAGCUUUUCUCCUUUUCCUGAAAAUUGUGAUUAAGAUGUGAUAUCCGUCGCUUUACUGUAAAGCUGACUGGGUUCUCAGGUAUUUUCUUGAAAGAUGGGUGAACAGUAUGAAUCACCCACCAUUAAGGCAAUGGCUCUUGGUCUGUCUUGCUGUCUAAUAUGAGACAAGGGCUUUUCUCUGAGCUAACCAGGGAUUGUUCUUGCAUACCUGACUUUUCUUGCAUUUGCAGUUCGAUCUAUAGUCACUUCCAGUAUUUUCAUGCCUUGGUGAUAAAUGACCUCCAAACCUGUUGCCCACAUGAUAAUGCAAGUGUCCAUGCAUAUUUAAACAUCUAGUGCUUCUUGCCAAAAAGAAUACUUUGUUAAAGUCAUAGUUAGACUGGACUAGGUGGUGAAGAGUCUAUGUGUAGAUUCAGCUAAUAUGGAAUGGCCAAACCAUUUCAGCGAGGGGCUAAAGUGAAUUCCCUAUGUGAAGAAGACACAUGGUCUGUUUAUUUUAUAUUUUAAGAUUUGUGACGUGAACCAUAAGUAUUGCUUGACAAAGCAGAAAUCACCAGUUUCCCUAUAUUGGCUACUACCAAGAAAUGUUGAAACACAAAACAGAUACGGUAUUAUUUUGGGCAGUUGUGACUUUCUUUCCUGAUGUGUGUGAUGUCUCAUUCAACCGACUUUUAUGGUAAAAUCUAGAAUACACUUUGAGGCAGUAAAUUACUUAUAUUUAAUGGCAGGUUUGUUUAGACAUUCAGUAGAACUAUGAAGUUCAAUCUGACUGCUUUAGUCCACUCUUUUUAUAUACUGUAUUUUUAAACUGGAUGAAGGAGUCGUUAUACCUAUAUCAUGCAAACCAAAUCCUUUUGAAAUACCACUAUGUGAAGAUGGAAGUGACGUUUACUGAACAAAAUUAAAAGGGUGCUCAUAGUUAUGCCAAUUUACCCCUAAUCUCUAAAAAAGUGACUUAAAGUUCUUUCAUGUGUCAGAUUUUCUUAGACUUCAUGAUUAUUUGGAAUAAGAUGUGCCUAAUUUUCUUACAUUCUGUUCUUAAAUCUGGAUGUUUUCUCAUUUAAUUUUAAGAAAUGCUACAAAAUAUCCUCGUUGACCUUGCAUAACUUUAUACAAUAGUAUACAGAGUUGCCUUAUAUUAUAAAUCAAAGUACACCACAAAUUUGGGCCUUGAUUUUCAUAUAGGAAAAGGGUUUUGUCAAAUGUUUUCUGAAGAUCCAAAUAAUCCAAGGCGUGCCUCUGCUGCUUAAGUAUUAUUUUUAAUAACCUGAAUCAUUGCUCUCUGCCAAAUACUGUGUUAAGUUUAAAUCUUAAUUUCAGUCUUGUCUGGAAAAGGCACUGGAUGGCUGGAGCGCAGCCGCAAUCCGAGAAGGCAACGUGAGUGAAAAAGGGUCAUUCGUUUUCGCUUUGUUUUCUUCGACGGUUCAUUGGCAUGCAUUUUAUGAAGUAAGGAACCUCUGGUGAAUUGCUCUAGUGAGGUUGUUUAGGGAAAUCCUUGUUCAGUUGGUGGCAGUGGCUGGCUUACAGUAGGAGGAAUUAAGAUGACCUUAGUACCAGAAAUGACUAGAAAUAUUAAUUUAGAUUUGACAAAUCAUAUGUCCUAUAAUUUUUUGUAAGAAGGAAUAAAUAAAUCUUAACUUCCAAUGUAUACCCAAAUACUUGUAUUUAUGCUUUUGAUGAAAUGUAUUUUCAGCAUUAAUACACUUAUCCAGUUAUGCCUUAUUUAGAUGAAGAAUAAAGUUACCAAGUUAAUGUUCUGAAACUCAAAUCACUGUUUGAGAAGCCCUCAAAUUGGUGCUUUCAUUAUAUAAUGAUACAUUUAGACAAAACCCCAAACCAAGCCAUUUGCAACAAGAUUCUCUUCAUUGCAAUUUGUAGCAAUGUUAUUUCUGUAUAUGUAAUGAGAAGGCUAAAUUAUCAGUGUUAACUCUUGUUUGAAUUCAUGGAAUCAUGCCUGUAAAGUUCAGUUCACUAUUUGUAACAAAUUCCCUAAUAAAUCUAGAGAAAGUUA